UCUUAAAUGCCUAACCGUCUCCUCUCAAAUAACCUCCCUAACCACCCUCCAUUUUUGUGCCAUCUGUUCUACUGUACAACACCACUUGACGUUUGUUAUAAAUAGGUAACAAAAUAUUUAUGAAGCUAUGUACUAGUACUUGUUCAUUUAAGAAACAUAGAAACUUGUUUUGAGAUUGUUCUUUUUUUUUUCUCUCUCCCAACAUUAUAACCAUAUUCUUGUCUUUGAGCUAGGCAAAUUAGAUUAAGGAACCAAGCAUGUCAGAUUCUAAGGUAACACUUGAUUCUAAACUAACUGUUGUAUCAAGCAGGCCCGUGAAAUCGGGUGUGAACCAUAGGUUGUCGGGUGUGGACCAUGGUAUGGGUUAUCAUACGCUGCAUUUGAUAUUUUACUACAAGAAUGAAGGAAAGUGGUUUGAGUCAUUUGAAUUGGAUCCGUUGAGGGAAUCAUUGUCGGAGGUUUUGUCUAUAUACCCGACAGUAACAGGUCGGUUGGGCCGAGUGAAGGAAGAUGGUGGUGAUUGGGAGGUUAGGUGUAAUGAUGCAGGUGUUCGGGUCAUAAAGGCUAAUGUCGAUAGUACUAUUGAAAAAUGGCUAUCAUCGUCUGCAGGUGGCUCCGAUGAGGUCCAGCUUAUCGCUUGGGAUGAUAUGCCUCUUGAUACGAGUACUUGGUCUCCUUUCCGAAUUCAGAUAAAUAGCUUCAAAGAAGGUGGAAUUGCAAUUGGAGUUAGUUGCACUCACAUGAUAUCUGAUCUAACAUUCUUAUCAUCUUUCUUCAAAUCAUGGUCCCAAAUUCACCGUCACGUGAUUCCCAUUUCUCAACCACCUUUCUACACUCCGAUUUCAAUCAGUUCUUUACCAAACAACAAUAACAACAUGAGUCCGAAUUCGGGACCAAAACCACAAACAAACAUAACCUCUGCCACUUUCAAAUUCUCAAGUUCAAUCAUAAAACAGUUGACCUCAAAAUGUUCCGGGGCCACAGCUUUUGAUGUCCUCGCAGCUUUGUUUUGGACUCGUGUUACUCUUUUGAAAGACUCUAAACAAAAUCACUCUUUAUCAAUCUGUCAAGACUUCAGAAAGCUUAUCAAACCGAAUCUUCCAGUUGGUUAUUUCGGAAACGCGUUACAUUUUUCAAAAUUUUCGCUAAAUUUCGACGAAACAAAGAAUGGAAAAAAAUUAGAAGACAUAGCAAGUCUAAUACACAUGCACAUGAAUGAUGUUACUGAGAAAGAAAUUUGGUCUUCUAUAGAAUCUUUCGAGUCACAAAAGGACUCAACGCCGAGAUGUGUGUAUGGUUCUUCGGAGUUAACAUGUGUUUGCAUGGAAGAGGAAGAGACAGAAGGAUUGUUGUAUGAAUCAAUGUUUGGUGAUAAUGAAAAACCAGCUCAUGUUUCAUGUCGUGUUGGGAAUGUUGGUGGUGAAGGUUUGAUUAUGGUGAUGCCAUCUUCAGAAGGAGGGUUUGCAAGAAAUGUGAUAGUGAUGUUGCAGAAUGAAGAGGUUGAUAAACUAUGCGAGGAUGAAGAAAUAUUGAAGCUUGAACCAACGAUUAUACUUUCUGGUUGAAAUAAUUAAUUACUUGUGAUUAAAAUUAUUAUUCAAUCUAUUUCAAAAUUGGUGUUAUUUAUUUUAAAAUAAAUGUUAUCCUCAUGUAGAAAUCGUUAGUAUUUUUUCAAUUAUGUUAUUGAUUUUUAUUUUGUAAA